CAUCUACCUGUUUGUUGAUUUUCUUGUUUUUUGUAUUUUUUUUUGGGAUUUUUUCCUCGCUCGACUUGACUGUUUGUCCCUGGCUUUGUUUUUGCUGGUGAAGCCGUGGGCGAUUGAUAGAACGACAGUGUUUGAAAUCCGUCUCAUGCACGGUGCAGAUCGUGCGCUGUUGGAGUGAACACCUGUUCGCUAGGAACUGAUUAUCACUGGGAUAGCUUAGCUCCGAACACUCCAGUUACUGGGCGGGUCGAUUGGUCGAUCCACUUAACAGCAUCUCCUCGCCCAAUUCUCAUAUUCCUGGGUGCAAGAAUGGUAUCCCCAAUGUACACCCUCUACGUAGGGACAUUCAUCCAGCUUCCCCGGACCAUUUCUCCAGAUGAGAAGCAUGAGCUCGCCAUCACGCGCGGCGCACUCUGGGUUUCCGUCGCCGACGGCAAGAUUAAAGGCUUUGACUGGAGUGUGGCCACCGAGUCGGAUCUGCAAACCCUCCUGCAGCGGCACGGAUGGGUGGUCGACGGCUCCAGCCGGGGGAGAAGAUCCAGCGUGGUGGUGAAACUGGUGCGGGCCCGAGAGGAGGAGCACGAGUUCUUCUUCCCCGGAUUCAUCGACACCCACAUCCACGCCCCGCAAUACCCCAACACCGGCCUCUUUGGCAGUAGCACCCUUCUCGACUGGCUUCAGACCUACACUUUCCCGAUGGAAGCCUCGUUCGCCAGCCCAGCCGCCCUGCCACACCUCCCGCCCCCGCAAGCCUACCGGGCCUACUCGCAGGUCAUCGCCCGUACGCUGCGCCACGGCACAACCACCGCCGCCUACUACGCGACCAUCCACGUGCCCGCCACGAACCUCCUAGCGAGCCUCGCGCACAAGAAGGGCCAACGCGCCCUCAUCGGCCGCGUGUGUAUGGACAACCCCGCCACCUGCCCCUCCUUCCUGAUCGACGAGUCCGCCGAAGCCAGCAUCGCCCACACCCAGGCCGUCAUCGACCACAUCCACGCCCUACCCCCUCUCUCCCCAGACGACCAUCCGGACGGCAAAACUCGACUCGUGCAACCGAUCCUAACACCGCGGUUCGCCCCCUCGUGCACCCCGCCUGCCCUCGCCGGCCUGGCCCACCUGGCCAAACAGUACACCCCUCCCCUGCACAUCCAAACGCAUAUCUCGGAGAAUCUGCACGAAUGCGCGCUCGUGCGCGAGCAGUUCCCCGACUGCGAGGGCUACGCAGACGUCUACGACCGGUUCGGCCUUCUCACCCCCCGGACGAUCCUCGCGCAUGCGGUGCACUUCUCGCCCCGGGAGCGGGGGCUGGUGGCCGCGCGUGGCGCGAAGGUCAGCCACUGUCCCGCGAGCAACUCCGCGCUGGGGUCGGGGAUCUGCCCCGUGCGCUGGCUGCGGCGCGGCGGGGUGGUCGUCGGCCUCGGCAGUGAUGUGAGUGGCGGGUAUAGUGUGAGUCUGUUGGAAGGGGCGCGCCAGGCCUGUCUGGUUUCCAGGCUGUUGCCGUUCGUCCAGCAGCCUGGGCGUGAGGAGGACGGAGCCAGCAAGGAUGCUGGUGACGCCGUCAUCUCGGUCGAGGAGGCGUUGUAUCUCGCCACGCGCGGCGGAGCGGAGGUGGUCGAUCUGGCGGAGGUGGUGGGCGGGUUCGAGCUGGGGAUGGCUUGGGAUGCCCAGUUGAUUCGGCUUGGUGGGUUUGAGCCUGCGGGGCUGUGGACGGACGCGCCUAAGAGUAAUGUGGAUGUGUGGGGGAAGGAGUCGUGGACGGAGAGGGUACACAAGUGGGUGUGGAAUGGGGAUGAUCGGAAUGUGAAGGCGGUUUGGGUGCAGGGACGGUUGGUGCAUGGGUUUGAGACGGAGGGUGCCGGGGCAAGGUGGACGGGGUGGAAUUGGACUCCCGGGGGGUACGGGGCGCUUCCCGGUUGA